GUGUUUGACAUUUCUGCCAAGAAAGUAGAAAAAAAAAUCCACACAGAAAAAGGUUAUUUUCCAAAGUUUCGAUUUUCUCAAAAACAAAUAUAAAAAUGUUACGCGCCACAGUGAGAACAUUAAAUUUGAGCAAUCGAAUUUGCAAUCAAAAUAAUUUCAACAUCAGUCACAGUGAAUUAAAUAUUCAAAGUAUAAGACGAUGGCGUUACCGUAGACCGCUUGAAUUGGGAACAUCAAAAUCGAAAUUAUUUCGCAUACCAGAACAUCCAGAACCGAAUAUCGAUGAAUUGAAAGAGUUGAAGCGUUUGAAUGAUGAGUAUCGCACAAAAGUAAAAUCAAUUAGAACAUAUUUCCGUGAAGAGAAACACAAGCGCGAUGAAGCAAUGUUACUAAAACCACAGUCCAUAAAAGAUGAUGCUGAUUUUGAGCGAAUCUCUAAAAUAAACGACGAAUGGAAUCAGGGGAUUGCUAAAAUGCGAGAGGCCAGAUUGAACGCCGAACGCAUCGCAAUGCAACAGGAAAUCAAAUGGCAACUCGAAAAGCAACGAGAGUAUGAAGAAGAACAACGGCGUAUAAUCGACGAAUUGGUGCUUAAAGAAAAGGAAGCCGCCAAAUCGUUCAUUGUUCGUGAAAAUUUCGAUGAAGCGCUUGAUUUGGCACUUAAGAAUAUAAGUGAUUUUAACUAUGCCAUUGAUUUUGAAGGUAAUAUGUACAAAGGCAGACAAGGUGAAGCGAAAAAAUCAUUUGAAAUCGAAUCCGAAUUAGAAUGAAAAUGAAAUUUACAUCUUUAGUCAAUCAACUUCUCUGUUUUCAAGCGUCGUCAUAAGUAAUCAAAUAAAAUUCUAUACAACAUUUUAAAAAGUAAA